CCUCUGCGAGCGUUCCGGUAAAUUGAAGCGGCUCUCAGUUGUUGUCCAACUGCCGUCACGUCCAACUAAAAUCGACCACUUUCUGUGCCGUGAGUAAAAUCGUAUCUUAUCGUUUUUUGAGCAUUUGGCUUAUCUUGUCUGAAUUGGCGGUCUAGGCAACACCAGCGCAUACGAAACACAGCAGAGCUUAAACUUAAUUAGACAAGAUGUCGCUUCUAACCGGCAGCGCGAAUGCGGUGAAAUACACGCUAUUUGGAUUUAACUUGAUCUUUUUGAUCACUGGCAUUAUUCUGAUCGCCGUUGGAGCCGGCGUUGGUGCGGUCUAUACCGGCUAUGAGCUCUUCCUGGCCGCCAAGUUCUUCUCGAUCCCCACGUUCCUGAUCGUGAUCGGUUCCUUCAUCAUCUUGAUCUCGUUCUUCGGCUGCUGGGGUGCCCUGAAGGAGAAUUACUGCCUGGUGCUCGGCUUCUCGAUUAUGCUGGCCAUCAUCUUCAUUCUCGAGCUGGCUGCUGGCAUUAGUGGCUAUGUGCUGCGCAACGACGCCUCCAAGUUGAUCAGCACUUCGCUGACCAACUCUCUGAAGGAGUACAAUACCUUCAAUCAGAAUCCGACCACCCGUCUCUGGGACGAUGUGCAGCGGCAUUUCGAGUGCUGCGGUGUGAACAAGUACGAGGACUGGAGUGUGACCUAUCCGAACCAGUCGCUGCCCAUCUCGUGCUGCUCCAUUCCGGUGGGUGCGGCGGGCACCUUCAACUGCUUCGCCAACACCAGCAGUGUGGAUGACCGCCACAAAAAUGGCUGCCUCGAUGGCUUCUCCAACUACAUUGCCGCCCAUGCGGUCAGCUUGGGAGCAGCGGGCGUGGUCAUCGCCAUCCUGCAGUUCUUUGGUGUACUCUUUGCCUGUUAUAUUGCACGUGAGAUCAAGAUCCGUAACGGAAUUACUGGUUUUAUCUAAGUCCAGAAAAACUCGAUUCUUUGAGUUUCGGAACAGGUGCUGGAGGAGCCGAAUCCCGCUAUUUAAUUAUAAGACAUUCCUAAAUUCAUUGGAUGUUUUUUGCUUAAUAUUCACUUUUUCUUCUGAUUAUAUUAAUAAACAUACACAUUUAUAAACAAA